AUGUCUUAUGUCAAUGCGCGGCUCGAGCAAGACGUUAGGUUCACCAUGAAACAAAUACCACAGGACUUGCUAGGGGAAAUACGCACCAGACUUAGGGAUGAAUCCGAUGGCUCGAACGAUGUCAUUCGUCUGCUGCAGUUCCUCACGUAUACAGAGCAGCCCUUGACAUCUUCUGAGGCCAUAGAGAUUUUGGCCACUCAGCUCGACACAGACCCACCACAUUUCAACGUUGAAAAAAGACUUUUCAGGGAUGAGGAUUUACUGCAGUACUGUCCAUCUCUGCUAUCUUUGAUUGCACCUUCACCGCACAGAAGAGAGUCGAGAAAGGUUCGAUUGAGCCACAAAACCGUCAAGGAUUUUCUACUAUGCGAAGGAGCUCAAAAAUUUGAACCUAAUUCAGCUAGCAUUGCAAUCACAAGGACAGCCUUGAUAUACAUCAGGGAUAUCGACAGCGAAGUUACUCUCGAGGAUGCGUUGGCACGCUUUUCACUGGCAGAACGAGCGGCAACGAUGCUGCUGAAGUUUGCUAGGCGUGCCGAAGCUGACGAUGUCGUCCUCCCCGAGAUGAUGUCUUUCUUAUUGGAUCCGCUUGCCUUGGAUAGGUGGUGCCGCUUGUCACAAAUUUCAACCGGUGAUCAUCAAUUGUCGCCACUGUUUAUCGCCUGCAAGCUUGGGCUUUUGAGGGUUACAAGACAGCUAUUGGAGGAUGGCGUCGAUGUGAAUGAAGGAAGUGGCACACACGUCAGCGCUCUUUUUAUCGCUUCACAGGAAGGCCAUAGUGAAGUUGUUCGGCUUCUACUUAUGCAUGGGGCCGAUGUAAGCGCAGGAGACGAUACCUCCUGGUCUCCGCUUGUGGCGGCAUCAAGAGAGGGUCGCCGAGAAACUGUGCGUCUUUUAAUCGGUUGGGGUGCCGAUGUCAACGCAGUGUCUUAUACUUACGGCACGGCUCCCAAGGUGGCAUCAGAAAACGGUCACCGAGAUAUUGUCCGAGCCUUGAUCGAUAGGGGUGCCGACGUCAACGCCAACAUUGAAGGGAGGAACCAUCCCAUCACGUUGGCUUCGUCAAGGGGUCACGUCAAGGUUGUCCAGCUUCUUAUUGACUCCGGGGCAACAGCCAAUGGCCAUGCUCUUUACGAAGCAUCACGCAACGGUCAUGUUGGCGUUGUAGAGCUUCUACUCGACGAAGACCCUGCACUUCUCAAUCAUCAAUCAUACAUGGAGAAUCCCGCCCUUCAAGCUGCGUUGGAAGGAGGCCACGGCAGGAUUGUUGAGAUUCUUAGGUCGCACAUUCUCUGCCACGCUGUGAUAGCGGAAGAUUAUGACAGUGUCGAAGCACUGCUAGAUGAAGGUGCCAGUCCUGACAAAAGCAGUUGCUUAGGCACUCCCUUGAAGAUUGCCGCGGGAAAGAGGAAUGUAAGCAUCGUCAAACUCCUACUUCAAAAGGGCGCGGAUAUCAGCAUUGCGGCUGACGGCGAUGACCUCGUGACUUAUUACAAGGACUCCCUUGGACUCAAAACAUCCAAAGAGAUAUUACGUCUCUUAUACGAACAUCAAUCCAGCGGCUUGACUUAUGACGAGUUGUAUGAUUUUGUGAAAGGCUAG